UAACAAAGUCCUCCUCUCUCCGCUCCCUCCCACUUCAUUCACUUGCAAAUCAGUGUGUGCCCACAAGAGCCUGCUCUCCCGAGCCCGUAACCUUCCCAUCCCGAGAGCUGCAGUUUCAGCCACAGCAGCGAGAACGGCGGAGCCGGCGGCGGCGGCGGCAGCAGCAGCCUGGGCGGGUCGCAGGGCUCCCCGGGAGCUGGCAGUCGCGCAGAGAUAUCCUCGGAGAGCCAAGCAGGGAACAUUAAGGAAAGGAGAAGGGAUGAGGCUGCGACCCGUGCUGUGAGCCCUAGAGGGAGAGGCGCCUCUCCAGAGGGAGGGGCCUGCCGCCAGCAUGAGAACUUACCGCUACUUCUUGCUGCUCUUCUGGGUCGGCCAGCCCUACCCAAGUCUCUCCACGCCAGUAUCUAAGAGGACUAGUGGUUUCCCGGCCAAGAAAAGGGCCCUGGAGCUCUCUGGAAACAGCAAAAAUGAGCUGAGCCGUUCCAAAAGGAGCUGGAUGUGGAACCAGUUUUUUCUCCUGGAGGAAUACACCGGAUCCGACUACCAGUAUGUGGGCAAGUUACAUUCAGACCAGGAUAGAGGAGAUGGAUCACUUAAAUAUAUCCUUUCAGGAGAUGGAGCAGGAGAUCUCUUCAUUAUCAAUGAAAACACUGGCGACAUACAGGCCACCAAAAGGUUGGACAGGGAGGAAAAACCGGUUUACAUCCUUCGAGCACAAGCUAUUAACAGAAGGACAGGGAGACCUGUCGAGCCCGAGUCUGAAUUCAUCAUCAAGAUCCAUGACAUCAAUGACAAUGAACCGAUAUUCACCAAGGAGGUUUACACAGCUACUGUUCCAGAAAUGUCUGAUGUCGGCACAUUUGUUGUCCAAGUCACUGCCACUGAUGCUGACGAUCCAACAUAUGGGAACAGUGCUAAAGUUGUCUACAGCAUCCUGCAGGGACAGCCUUAUUUUUCAGUUGAGUCAGAAACAGGCAUCAUCAAGACAGCUUUGCUCAACAUGGAUCGAGAAAACAGAGAGCAGUACCAAGUGGUGAUCCAAGCCAAGGACAUGGGCGGCCAGAUGGGGGGCCUGUCGGGGACCACCACGGUGAACAUCACGCUGACCGAUGUCAACGACAACCCUCCCCGAUUCCCCCAGAGUACAUAUCAAUUUAAAACUCCUGAAUCUUCUCCACCGGGUACACCAAUCGGCAGGAUCAAAGCCAGCGACGCUGAUGUAGGAGAAAAUGCCGAAAUUGUGUACAGCAUCACAGACGGUGAGGGACUGGAUAUGUUUGAUGUCAUCACUGACCAGGAAACCCAGGAAGGGAUUAUAACUGUCAGAAAGCUCUUGGACUUUGAAAAGAAGAAAGUAUAUACGCUCAAGGUGGAAGCCUCCAAUCCCCGUGUGGAAACUCGAUUUCAAUACCUGGGUCCCUUCAAAGAUUCAGCCACAGUGAGAAUCGUAGUGGAGGAUGUCGAUGAGCCACCGGUCUUCAGCAAACUAGCCUACAUCCUUCAAAUCAGAGAAGAUGCUCAGAUAAACACCACCAUAGGCUCAGUCACAGCUCAAGAUCCGGAUGCCAGCAGGAAUCCCAUCAAGUACUCUGUUGAUCGACACACAGAUAUGGAUAGAAUAUUUAACAUUGAUUCUGGAAAUGGCUCGAUUUUUACAUCGAAACUUCUUGACCGGGAAACACUGCUGUGGCACAACAUCACAGUGAUAGCGACAGAGAUCAAUAAUCCAAAGCAAAGUAGCCGAGUACCUCUAUAUAUUAAAGUUCUGGAUGUCAAUGACAACGCCCCAGAAUUUGCUGAGUUCUACGAAACCUUUGUCUGUGAAAAAGCAAAGGCAGAUCAGUUGAUCCAGACCCUACGAGCUGUUGACAAGGAUGACCCUUACAGUGGACACCAAUUUUCCUUCUCUUUGGCCCCUGAAGCAACCAGUGGCUCCAACUUUACCAUUCGUGACAAUAAAGACAACACAGCGGGCAUCUUAACUCGGAAAAAUGGCUAUAAUAGACAUGAGAUGAGCACCUAUCUCCUGCCUGUGGUCAUUUCAGACAACGACUACCCAGUUCAAAGCAGCACUGGGACAGUGACUGUCCGGGUCUGUGCAUGUGACCACCAUGGGAACAUGCAGUCCUGCCAUGCGGAGGCCCUCAUCCACCCCACGGGAUUGAGCACGGGGGCUCUGGUGGCUAUCCUUCUGUGCAUCGUGAUCCUACUAGUGACAGUGGUGCUGUUUGCAGCUCUGAGGCGGCAACGAAAGAAAGAGCCCUUGAUCAUUUCCAAAGAGGAUAUCAGAGAUAACAUUGUCAGUUACAACGACGAAGGUGGUGGAGAGGAAGACACUCAGGCCUUUGAUAUCGGCACUCUGAGGAAUCCUGAAGCCAUAGAGGACAACAAAUUACGCAGGGACAUUGUGCCUGAAGCUCUUUUUCUACCCCGACGGACUCCAACAGCUCGAGACAACACCGAUGUCAGAGAUUUCAUUAACCAAAGGUUAAAGGAAAAUGACACGGACCCCACUGCCCCACCGUACGACUCCUUGGCCACCUAUGCCUAUGAAGGCACUGGUUCAGUGGCCGACUCCCUGAGCUCUCUGGAGUCUGUGACCACGGAUGGAGAUCAAGACUAUGAUUACCUUAGUGACUGGGGCCCUCGGUUCAAAAAGCUGGCAGAUAUGUAUGGUGGAGUGGACAGCGACAAAGACUCCUAAUCGGUUGCCUUUUUCAUUUCCAAGUAUGACACUGAAAUAUGUGAAGUGGCUAUUACUUUCUAUUUAUCCACUAUUCCGUGAAGGGUUCUCUGUUGUACCCGUUCCAAAAGCCAAUGGCUGCAGUCCAUGUGGAUCCAAUGUUAGAGACUUUUUUCUAGUACACUUUUAUGAGCUUCCAAGAGGCAAAUUUUUAUUUUUUAGUGCAUCCAGUUAAUCAAGUCAGCCCAGUAGGCAGGUUCUGGAGGAGCGGACAGAGAGCUGUACGUUCCCUUUUUCCCUGAAGGAAGAUUUGGAACAUGCUAGUUACGGCUGACCUGGUGUUUUAUGACACGAUUGCCUCAGGUCAGAUGAGUGCCCUAACUGUACAUUUCACAUACUGACGAGAUAAAAGGAUUGUGCUUUAAUGACAAAAAUAUAGUUUCAGUUUAAACAAAAAUAAGGUACAACUAAGGAGUUGUUCCUAUUUAUCAGCUCACAAGGAGAUAAUAAUAAACUAUAGAAGGGUUGUAAGGGUGUGUAUUUCUGUGACAAAGAAUUUAAAAUAACAUUCAGCCAGUCUUGUUUGUACUCUAAGAACUUUUUCUGACAGCAACUGAAAACAUCAAAUCCACAAAAGCUUUCAGAUUCUUUUUCUCUUAAGGAAUGGAAGCAGAUUACAUUGUAACAUUCAAAGAUAACCAUAACAAGAAACGGAAGACAGCAUUCCUUGCCGGUAACAGCGUGGUACAUAUAGAACAUGCGGAAGUUUGCCUUUUCAACAUAUAAAGGAAAAGAGCAAAUGACUAACAAUGUACACAAACGAAAUACUUAGCAUAUUUUAAAGUUUUGGUCACCAAAUGUAGCACAGGUCUCUUGAAAUCCUUUCAACUAUCAGUAGGCUAAUGACCAAUAAUCUAAUUAUUUGAAAGGUCUUGAAAGAUGUUUUUGUUUUUUUUUGUUUUUUUUUUCCCUGGGACAAAUUGUUAAUUCCUUGUAUGUAGUUGUAUUAUUCUACUGUACCCAAAAGUAGCAGAGUGAAGUAUAAUAAUUCUUAUUCCUCAGAAACUUCUUACACAAUUAACCUGACUUAGUAAAGAUAGAUUAAAUAAAGCUCAAAUUCUACUCUUGGAGUUCAAGGAAGAGUGUAGAGCCAGCCACUUUUGCUCCUAAUCCCAUGCCCCUCACCUCCAGAAAACCUAUGUGCAUAUACAACAAACAGAAGAACACUGAAAUCACAGUAGAAACAAACAUAUUCCGUGAUUGGAAGAUGGAAGCAAAGAUACAACUUGGAUUUUCUUCACCAUGAGUGCUUAAGAUUGUAAUUUAAAUGACAGUUGGCCUUCAAAAGUAUUACUAUUUUUCAUUGUUUAUAACUUUGCUUCCAUGGCAACAGGAUGGCAGCCCUACCAUCCUUAUCUUUGAACUAAUAAUAAGUAAUGGUCUCAAGCUAUGACAGAAAAGUAAUGUAAAAUCCAUCCAAUCCAUUAUUUCUCUAAUUAUGCAAUUAGCAUUGUAGUCGGUUAUUAUCCAGGGGACCCAACUGAACCAAACUAAUCCUUCUGAUAGGUUCAAAUCAUUUACUACAUAUGGCUGUUCUAAUGACUUCUAUCAUUAGAAUCUUACAUUGUGCAGUCACCAGAAACUUCCAAAGUACUGUAAUGAAAACAUGCUUAUCUGAAAACUUUAAAAACAGGCUCUAUGUACAUAUAUAAUAUAUAUUUAAGACUAUGUUGACUUCACUUAUUAAUCUUAGGGAUUUAUUUUCAAUCAAUGUUCAUUUUCUAGAGAUAAUCUAGUGUCAUUUCUAUUUGGGGAUAAUGUCAUCUCAGCAUCUAUUUUCUGUUUGGAAACACACCAUUGCUUAGUUAAGUUUGCAGGGGUGCACUAUGCAGGACAUAAAGGUCACACCUUUAAAACAAGGGAAAUGUGGAAUGUGAGUCAGAGUGAAAAUUUUUACAACCUUAUCAUUCCUUCUGUUCCCUGAAUGAUUUCCUGCUUUGUAAUGGACUGUCCUAUAUAUUAACAAGUAUUUUAUGCUUCAUGCCUGGGCUAUAUCCAACUUUUAAGGUUCUCUUUUACUAGUUCUCUCUCUCUCUCUCUCUCUCUCUCUCACACACACACACACACACACACACACACAUGCACACGCACAAAGAGGAAUGCAAACCAAAUGUUACAAAAGGGCCUCACUGCAAUGAGUCAGUAUGUACCAUAGUCACAAGCAAAUAUUUAAAAAGAUAGCUUAGUGAAAUUAAUAAGCACUAGAUAUCUAUAGCAAUAGAACAGCACCUUAAUCACAAGAUUUAUGGUAACAUUGGUGCUCUGUCUUUGUGGUUCACAUCAGAUAAAAAGUUGAGCCAAGAAAGAUGGUCCCAUCAAAAGACAAGUAGUAUCAAAAGUCACACUUCUGAACUUUUGGUGUUCACUGGAAUUUCUGAGAGUUGACACAAUCUCCCAUGUUUCAGAGUAAAGUUGACUUUUUCCUUCUAAGUGAAAGUAGUUCAAUAGGAAACCUUUGAGAUAUAAGUGGCAGGGUAUUUUAUUCCACUCUGAACAUGGCAUGUUGUGUCAAGAACAAGUUGACAUAACUAUUGAAAAAUUGAUUAACUUCUUAUGACAAAAGCUAUGAUAAAAUAAAUCUAUAGAAAAUUAGGUAUUCUGAUCUUAGAGCUGAAUAUUUAGUACUAUGUUCCUGUAAGUGUAGGGCUGAUGGGAUUUUUUCUAUAAGACAUCAUGACAUUGUGCAAAUAUUAAAAACAACAGUUCCAGGGGCCAGGAGGUGGCUCAGUGAAAUAAGCGCUUUCUGGCAAGUGCAAGGGUCUGAGUUCAAUCCCCAGUUCCACCAAAAAAAAAAAAAAAAAAAAAGUUCCAGCAUGCCCCUGCCCAUGCUCAGUUACCUACCACCAAAAAUCAGCUUCAACACUGCACCAUGCCCAGAUUUUUCUAAAGUCCUAGGUCCUGGGUCAACAUAAGAUAGUUAGUUUUAAGUUCAAUUUUUACAUUGUCUGUGUCUUUGUUUUAGAUAUUGACAAUGAGAAGGUGGAAGGAGACUGGGAAGAGGUCAAAUUUUAAUAUCUGUUUUUAUCACAGAAAUAAAAAAAUUAUGAAACACAAGUAGGUUUCUUUUGUGUAUGGAAUCAUUUCAAGAACAUUGGGGCCUUUUUGACUGUUUCUUCUCUAUUCAAGGGGAAGCAUUGUAUUAAACCACUAAGAUAUACCCUAGAAUAAGCUCUGAUUUUAAAAACAUUCACCCCUUGCACCUAAGUAGAAAGCCCCUUCACUUUGUGCCCGCUUUCUGCUGAAAAGAAAUAAUUAAAUAAAUCAAAUAGGAAAGAAAGAUAAUCUCAUAAAAUCAGAAGAGCAGUCUGGGCACAGUAAAUACACAUUUCUUUUGAGCGUCCCUGGUUUGAUAGUCUAGGUGCAUAAAGGAAGGUUCAGCAACAAAAUUACUCCACUUUUAGAUGAAAAAAGCUGGUGAUUCAAUUUAACUCAGUGCAAAAAUAUGUGGCUUAGUUUUCAUUUUCAGCUCCUAAAAAGUUGUGCAAGAAGUUCUUAAAAAUUGAAUCCGUAUCAUAGAAGCAUCCAAAUUUUGUGGAUCUGAAAUAACUUGGUAAUGUUUCUAUUGCUUACUUCUGAGUACAUAAAUUUUAGAUGUCCUGUACUGUUGAACAAUAUCUUACAACAAAUGCUGUGCCCUGAAAUGCAUAUUUCCUUUGGGAUAAUGAUAUAUGACCUACCAACAGGAUGCUCUGAGAUUCUGUAUUUUUUUGGAAUCAUAAAAACAGGCAGCUGAAAAGAAAGAAUGGAGUUGGUUCCCGGGCGCAAACGGAAGUUUUAAGUCAGGUACUUACACUUAUCAAGUAAACUCAUUUUCCCUAGCAGCAGAAUCACCAAAUAAGCUCUUUUAUCCUCGUCUCUAGUUCUGAAGUGGUAUAAUUACUUUGGGAGAACAGUCUAAAAAGUCAUGAUCCCCACUAUUUUUGAAAGGCAUUCUCUGAAAAGGCUCAUUUUAGUGUGAUUUUAAUUUUUAUGUUUUAUCUAGAUGAAAUCUUUUUUGAAAUGUGACAUUGUGAUGAGGGAUUCAAAAAUCCAAGCAGUCUGCUGUGUUUAAAUUAGCAACGCAGCCUCACCUUCCUCAUCAGGUUGAGAGUGUAGAAAGAUUAACACUUGGCAUGCGGAUUGCGAGGAAGACGAACCGUCUCCUAAGCUUUGAUGAACAGCUUCCUCUUCUGGGGAAUCCAGAAUUGCAGUAUGGUCUCCUCGAAAGUUCAGUGACAAUUACAGUUGCAGCAUUUUUAAUCUCCCUUGGGCAUCUUUAUGGAAUAAGUUUCUAAAGGGGUAAUUCUGUACUAAAAAUACCAGACCCUGCUCACACACAACACAGAGCAAUACCCUCUUAGAAAGCAAAUACAUUGACUCAUGCGCUUGUUAAUAAAGAAAUAGCUCAUUUUUAAAGCUAGAAGUUUAUGGUCUCUGCAUCAUUGAUUUAAUUUAAGCAUUGCUGAGACAAUCUGUAAUCUACUCCUUAUUUUGUAAUACCUUAUUUAUGAUGCAUUUUCAUUUUUUAAUUUGGGGGGAACGUUAGCCCAACAGAGCCGGCAGAUGAAAGUGCAGAAAGGAGGUCAAAUGGAAACAAAGGCUAUUACCCACUGUAUUUCAGACAGAACGGAGGCACUUAGCCGAAGAGCCACUGGUUAUUAGAUUAAUUUCAAAAGAGCUUUUACAAGUUGCUUAAUUCCAUUUUUUUUUUAAACCCAUGGACCACAAACUCAAAUUUUUCCUCAAAUGGGGUUAAUUUGACAAAUGAGGCAUGGACCCAGCACUGCAGAAAAAGCAUUCCACUAUAAUGAGAUCUUGGUCUUUCUUGUGAGACUACGCUAUUUAUGUAAAUAUAUCUGGAGGCACCUUCCACGAACUUUUAGUUUUCUAUGAUCUAUUAGUUUAGUGUUUAUUAAAGAAUCAAAUGUGUAGAAUUACUAGGCGUGCAGGGGGAUUGCUGUACAGCCAAUGUAAAAUGGGUCUGCUCGGAAGAAACACGAGAACACUUCAAACCCACUGUACUGUUCUGUUGAUCAUUUCAUAGCGUUGAGUGUAAACUACAUCAACAUAGGCCUUAUGAUAAAUGCUAUGUGUGUCUUUAGUAAUACCAUGGUAAGGCAAUUUGGCAUCCUCCUACAGUGAUUUGUGACUUUAAAUCAAGAAAAUAAAGGCUUUUUGGUAUUGAUUAUAUUUAAUUAAAAAUCCUUCCAAGUAUAAGUUGGAGUUGUUGCCACCCUUGACGAUUUACUAGUCGGAGUGCUCUGCUCAUGCGGCUGCUCACGGUAUCAUUCAAGGCCUCCGCAACAGGAAGACCCGAGGGAACGACCGCUGCUCCGGUGCCGUCCACAUUUCCGGUUAAGGAGGUUCUCAUAACUUCAGUUGGCCAAGUUUUCUGUGUUAGAACAAUGGGAUGCAAACGAUUACCGAGUAGCUCAGCGUGGCCAGGUCGUGGUCGUGGUCAGUGGCAAAUAUGCACUCCUUGAAGCGGCUUAGUUUAUUUCGUUUUGUUUCCUCAGACUUAUAAAUUUGAAAAGAAUGCAAUUUAAAAAAUGAUUUCUCACGAAGAGUAAAUAUGCCUUUUGCAAACCAAGUUUUGUAACAAGUUAUUUAUAUGAUAUUACUUAAUAAACUGGGUUUUUUUCUAACUUGUUUUUUUUCAAUUCUCUCAGACAAUUGUUUGUGAUACAGAUUUUUAAUGUACCUGCUGACGUACUUUAUCUUUCUGAAUCUGCUAUUUUAACCUCUCAGCAACUAAAACUGACUUGUUUUACAAUAAUUAACUUGUAAAUAAUCGUUUCUCCCAACCUGCACUAUAUAACAUUCUUUCCUACAUGCUUCAUACUGCUGGGACAUGAAGAAGUCUAUUGUUACAUAUGGUACCGCUGUAUUAAGAAGGAAGCUGGUUUUCCUCAUGGUCAUUAUUUUAGAUUUAAAAAAGGAGACAGUUCUAUAUUUUUGCUUCUCCCAAAUCUCCAUCCUUUAUUUCACUCAGCUAAAAACAAUUGUC